GCCAGUUUGCAAAAACGCUUUGGUGUGAUUACCCAGUCGAGCAGUCAUUUAGCCUAUUUGGCGCAUUACUUGAAGUUGUGAAUGGAAGUGUAUUAAGUGUUGUAAUACUCCUUCACAUUUACUCUAUUGAGACGGCUGCUUGAAGAUACAUUCAUUUAGGUACAUAGUCCAUUUACAUAGCAAAAUAUUUUAAGCAAGUAUUGAAGAGCCACAUGUUACCAGUUCAUGCGUACAGAAACUGGCAGCAGACGAAGCAAUGUCAUCAGAAAUGAAGCUUGUGAAUAGACUAUACCUUACUAGCUUCUUAAUGAUGUUAGUGCCAGCAUUCUGUGAACAAAGCACGACGCCAAUAAGUGCCUGGACGAGAUUAGAAACCUCUGAGGAUGUGGAAACAACCAUGCAAACCUCAUCCACAAAGUUUCAACAAACGGAUUCUGAAGAAACAGUUUACAAAAUGCAUCUACAGAUGUCUACCAUGCGACCAAUAAUUUUAAGCGUACGCAACCCCAUGAUACAAGCUUCGGUGGAAAGUGCUGAAGAAAAAGUAGUCGAAGAAUCAGGGCUCACUAGAGUUAUGAAGACGACAUCGGCUUCUACAAAAUCAGGGACCUCAGAAUGGUCGGAAGAACAGCCAGCAGAAGCAGAAGUAACAACUUAUUCUAGAAGACACUCUCCCACCCACAAUUUCCCUAACAUCAUCCCAACAGAGUUCAAUGGAACACUCAACACAUUACUGCUAACGACACCAGCGACACAGCAGGCACCUAAAAGAUCAAAGUUUCUCAGUGACAUCCAGAUCAUGCUCAAGCAGUUCAUGUCUACCGGGCGCAGUGAAUUGACGCGAAAACUACUGCAAGCCGACAUAUCUACUGAUUGCACUUUUGGCUUGCUGCAGUUUACGCGAGCCAUCCAGGAUCUAGAGCCCUGGGCUUUGAGACUAAUUGACGCUUCGGCCAAGUACCCAACCGGUGUGCUUCAGGGUACGUUGUCUGAUAUGGGAGCUUACGACGAGUGCAUCGAGACCGUGGUGCAAAACAAGUACGGCGCCACAAAAGUGCGCGGCCAGUACUGUGACUUGCACCUGUCACUGGGCGAUGAUGACGCUUUCCUUGAAAACUUGCUACCGGCCCUCUCAUAUUCGCACAAAAAGGUGAGAAACUUCACGUCUUAUGUAUUGGACGAGGCCCUGCCUGGCCUUCGACUCGGUGUAUGCUUCAUCGAUGCUUGCAAUGAGCAAGACAUAGCCAACAUCGGUCGCACUCUGGCAGGAACUGCGCUGAAAAUCACUGUCAAGGACUGUGUGACAAAUAAAACUGAAGGCGUAAACAGCGUUCAAGCCGGCAUUAUAUCAUUCUUGACUAUCCUCGCAGCUGUUAUUGCUGUUGCAACAAUGUUUGAGCUGUUCACCAAAACCGGGGAUGAUAAACACAAAAAUGACAUUUAUUACAAGUGCAUCACUGCGUUCUCGGUCGUGAAGAAUAGCUGCAUCAUACUGCAAGUCAACAACAACCGUCCAGAGACCCAGCGCUACAAGUUUGUGCACGGCCUCCGCUUCUUGAGCAUAUUCUGGAUAUGUCUAGGUCAUUCUUAUCAAGCAAUCGAUGAAAACAUAUCGAGGCUGGUUAAUGCUCUGUACAUAUUCGAAAGCUGGGAGUCACCGAUUAUAACAGCAGCCUUCAUGGCAGUCGACACAUUUUUCUUUAUGAGUGGCUAUCUACUGAACUACGCGCUUACCAAGCAAAAGCAGAAUCGUGCCAUGGUCGCAGGGAUUGCUAUAUUCAGACGAUUCCUGAGGGGCACCAUUCCUAUGUUCUUCAUGGUAAUGUGCAUGUACCUACUUCCGCUGAUUGCAUCAGGACCAAACUCGAAGGAAUUCUACGAAAGGUUCUACGCUGAAAUACGACUCCACUGGUCGGACUUGGUUCUGCACAUUCGCAACUGGAGACUGGCGGAUUACAAAGUGUCCACCAUGCCACACUUGUGGUACCUCUCAGCAGACUUCCAGCUUUUUGUGGUGGCCGUGGCUGUGAUACAGACGUUUGGAAGUGAGAAGCGGCUCGCAGCUGUCGUCUUCGCGGUGCUCUCGUUGCUUUGUUGUCUCGUGUCUGCGUGUCAAAUAUAUGGCACCAACAUGCUGCCUUUUAUUGUUCCUUUGCACACAUCUUACAAAGACACAUUUGACACAAUACAAUACUACUACCAGCUUCCAUUUUACCAUGCUGUGUGUUUCUUCUCUGGAUGUAUGACUUUCUUCUUCGUUGAGAAGUACGGAAAGGUCAACAUCUCCAAGACUCUAAUGGCUGUACUAUGGUGCAUUGCCCUAUUAUGUGGCCUCAGCUGCGUGUUCAUGAAGCUGGAGUGGAACAUGAAAACUGAGCGACCUAGCGAGACUAAGCGGAUGUUUGUUGCCUUUGUUGACCGCAUCCUGUGGUCUUCCUGCGUGUCCUGGUUUUGGUUCACUUGCACCACAGGUAGAGGAGGGUUCCUCAACCGAUUUCUCUCGUGGGAUGGAUUCGUGCCGCUUGCACGAAUCUCCUUCGGCGUGUACCUCAUACACUUGCCAUUCUACAACCUCAUGCACCGAAUAAGCAGAGAACGCCGGUUCUAUUCUCACUUCACAAUGGUAUCCAACUGUUUCGUCGUCCUUGUGUGGAGCUACUUUCUCAGCUACGUACUCUCUAUGGCCUGCGAACUUCCUGUGGCGCACCUGGAGAAGCUGGCAUUUCUCCGGGGCAUCAGGGAGGGCGGUGACACCACGGAAGAAGUACGGAAGCAGCAUGAGGAUCCCGGACAAGACAACGGUGAUAUACACGUUGUAUGCAUUGAUGAAGGCAUCUCAAAAGUUUCCCACGUGAAUGACAUUUCCUGCAAAGAGAACUGAAACCCAAAAGGUUGAAUCAUGUUACUGAAUCUCGAUAUGUAAGUGCAUCAAGUUUAUCAUUCGCUGGGUGCAUGUUCAAGACCCUAGGUGGUCGAAAUUUCUAGAGCCCAUCAUUACAGUGUCUCUCAUAAUCAUAUAGUGGUUUUUCAACAUUUGACCACAUACAGUUAUUGUAUUAUUCAUCAUUCGUUUAAUAUUGAAUAAAUCAGCAGAGAUCUUUCAACAAUGAAUCUCAUUUCAUUCCAAUUUGUUACUUUAAAGACCCCGUUUGAAGGUAUUACUUAAACGAUUGUUGUUAACAUAGUAGUGUAAUAAAAGUGUGUGCUUGCGAACAUUUACCGCGACUUUCCGUCAUUUAGCCAAUAUUCAGCAAUAGCUGACACUUGAAAAUAUGAGCAUACAGUGGCCAGCAUGGGCAAAUAUUUAAGCUAUAGUUAGCAACUGCUAACCCUGCGAUUACACACGGUAAAUGUAAUUGCCACAGGUCAUCAAGGUAUUACCGCGCCCACACAUGUUACAUAAAUUUCUUGCUACUUCUUUCUGUGUGUUUCGUGUCAUUUAUCACGUUGUUUAUUACGAUGGUGAGAAACAACCGACUCAGGCAAGUGCAGUGUUUGAAACAGCGUUGCUGUAUUACUGGUAGUACGCAGAGUGCAGCCUCACAUGAAAGUACGAAGCAACAGAAUGGGAUACGAUCGUUGAUUGCGAACGUAAGUAAUAUCGCAGAAUGAUGCUUUAUAUCUUAUUCACUGCAGGCACAUAUGUACUCAUGUAUACAUUGUAAACAGUUUUGUCUUGUCCCAAUAAAGUCGCUUGAAGUAAA